AUGGCUCCUACUCUCAAAACCCUUGUUAUCGCGCUGGGCUUCGUCUUCUCGGCCGCUGUGAACGCGAGCCCCUCAAUGCUGAUGGAUGAAGUCGACACUCAACCCCAGAGCGAAUGCAUUACUUGGUAUGCGCCUCAGCUCCGAACUCCUCCGGAGACUUGCAACGAUGUCGUCAAUAUGCACCCAGGGCUUGAUUUGGCGACCUUGCUCAAAUUGAACCCUUCUAUUCAUUCUUACUGCGACAACAUGUUACUCGGCCAGAAAGUCUGCAUUAGAGCUAAGCAGGAGACUGACUGCCCAAAGGCGACAGAGUCUAGCCCAAAGGCGACAGAGUCUAGCCCAAAGGCGACAGAGUCCAGCCCAAAGGAAGAGGAAGCUGAUUCAGGGCAGUGGCAGACUAGCGCUAGUUCCAAGCCGCAGGCAACCAGCUCCGCCGGUGCUACUGGAUGGCACUGA